GAAAAAUUGAAAACAGCAGCACCCUGAACCUCGAAGCAGCCCCCGCACAUGGCACAUCACCCAACCAGGCGCCAUGGCCACGAAACAAGCUGUCAAGACGACCUUUGAGGUCGAAAACGUCAUUCAGCCAAUCUUUACCGGAGGGUCUGUGGCGCUGGAGAAUGGCGCGCGAAUCCUCGCCUCGACGCUCGGUGAAGCCGCGAUCCUGACCGAGCUGAACACGGGGAAGCGCCUGGCCGAGAUUGAAGGCGAUGGCGAGCCGAUCUCGACCCUGACCAUUACGCCGUCGGCUUCGCAUCUCAUCGUCUGUUCCCGAUCGCUGACGAUGCGCAUCUACUCCCUCAAAGUGUCCCCCGACUUUGACUCUGUGGAAGCUACCCUCGUGCGAACAACGAAACCCCACGCCACGCCCGUAGUCGUCCUCGCCGUAGACAGAACCAGCACGCUCUUGGCGACCGGUGCCGCGGACGGCGCGAUCAAGAUUUGGGAUAUCGUCGGCGGCUACGUGACCCACACGGUCAGCGGUCAGAGCGUCCUGGUGUCGGCACUGCACUUCUUCGAGAUUGCGGCAACGGCCGAAGGCACGUCCGAGCGCAAGUCGAAGAAGGGUUCGCGGAAGGGCCAGAACGACCAGAGCGAAGCAGACGUGGCAUCCAAGUUCCGGCUCGCCUGGGGAACCCAGGACGGCAGGAUCCGCAUCUUCGACCUCCACAAGCGAACCACGAUCUCGGUGUACGCGGACCCGAAGCGGAAGAAGGAGGCGCACGAGUCCAAUGUGCAGAGCAUACAAUACUCGCCCGAGCAGCACGCGCUUCUGAGUGGCAGCAGGGAUAAGACGAUGACGCUGUGGCUAUGGAGGGACGGCGCAUGGCAGGGCACCCCUAUGCUUCGCCACGAGCUGGUCGAGUCUGUGGGCUUUCUCCACGAAGGGAGGUGGAUGUACGCGGCGGGGUCGAGCGGCUUGUUGAGGAUCUGGGACACGACUACGCGCCAUGAGAUCACGGCGAAACAGGAUGCCAAGUCGGAAGCCGAGGCAAUCUUGUCGGCGGUCUGCCUGCCUCACCAGUCCCUGAUCCUCUGCGCACAGUCCGAUUUCACCCUGGCCCUGUACCGAGUGCCCUCCCCCGCCGAUGUCACCUCUAGCGGGAGCUUGGUCCUCGAAUUGUUCAGGCGGAUUUCCGGCACGCACGACGAGAUCCUCGAUUUCACAUACGUCGCUCCUGAUCAGUCCCUGAUGGCCAUUGCCACCAACUCUGAGGACAUCAGGCUCGUCUCUGUUGCCGAAACGGAGACGCAGGCUGACGGAGAAGAGGGCGGCGCAUACUUUGGGCACGACGUAGCGCUGCUCAAAGGCCACGAAGACAUUGUCAUGUCUUUGGAUGUUGACUGGUCAGGUCAUUGGGUCGCGAGCGGCGCCAAAGACAACACGGCGCGGCUCUGGCGCAUCGACAAGGCCAACAAUUCCUACACAUGCUACGCUACGUUUACCGGCCAUCUCGAGUCAGUAGGUGCCGUGGCUCUCCCCAAGGUCGUCCCUCCCGAGAAUUCGGAAGCGUUCAAGAACCCUCUCGAUCACCCGCCGCCGUUCCUCAUCUCCGGAUCUCAGGACCGAUUCGUCCAGAAACGAGACAUCCCGCGGCAGUCACAAAAGGCGAAGGCGUCUUCGAGUCUGAAGAGGUUGGCUCACGAAAAGGACAUCAACGCUCUGGACGUGAGCCCUACGGGACGGUUGUUCGCUUCGGCGUCACAAGAUAAGACGGUCAAGAUCUGGGACGUUGAGAGAUUGGAGGUCCAGGGAAUCCUCAGGGGACACAAGCGAGGUGUCUGGACGGUCAAAUUCGCGCCGCUCCACACCCCGGCCAUCCAAGGCGAGCAGGGUUCGGUGUCUGGCAGGGGUGUCAUCCUGACCGGAAGCGGUGACAAGACGAUCAAGCUAUGGAACCUCUCGGAUUACACGUGCCUGAGGACCUUCGAGGGGCACUCGCACAACGUCUUGAAGGUGGUAUGGCUGCGCAUCCCCACCGAGGAGACCACCACCAAGAAGCGGGUCCAGUUUGCCAGCGCGGGCGCCGACAGCCUGGUCAAGGUGUGGGAUGCGAAUCUCGGCGAGACCGAGUGCACGCUCGACAACCACGAAGACCGGCUGUGGACCCUUGCCGUCCAUCCCAAGACAAACACGCUGGUUUCGGGCGGCAGCGACUCCAAGAUAACCUUCUGGAAAGACACGACGGCCGAGACGCAGGCCGCCGCGGCGUCGGCGGCGCUCAAGCUCGUCGAGCAAGAGCAGGAGCUCGAGAACUACAUCCACGCGGGCGCGUACCGCGACGCCAUCGUCCUCGCCCUCCAGCUCAACCACCCGGGCCGGCUGCUCAACCUCUUCACCAACGUGGUCACCGGCACCACCCCCGAGGAGGGCAGCCUGACGGGCCUGCGCGCCGUCGACGACGUCCUGGCCAGCCUCUCGGACGAGCAGAUCUUCCUGCUGCUGCUCCGGCUGCGCGACUGGAACACCAACGCCCGCACGGCGCCCGUAGCCCAGCGGAUCCUCUGGGCCCUGGUCCGGAGCUACCCGGCCGACAAGUUCUCCAACCUGUCGGUAAAGGGGGCCAGGGGACAGAAGAGCCUGAACGAGGUGCUGAAUGCGCUGAGGGUGUACACCGAGCGUCACUAUAAGCGCAUGGAGGAGCUGGUGGAUGAGAGCUACCUUGUGGAGUACACGCUGCAGGAGAUGGAUAGUUUGGCGCCGCCAGCGCUCGAGGGAGGGGAGCAGGAUGGAGGAGAUGCCGUGAUGGCCGAGGCGUGAUGUGCGAUGAUGGGCGUGGAAUGGGGUGUAAGAACAAGGGUUA